UGAAGGUGCAUCACUGCCUCAUCACGUGAUCAGUGUUUUCCCACUGAAGCUGCAGAGUUUAUAACUUUCUACGUUUAGAUAUAGACUCAUUAAUAUUGUGGAAGAACAACAGGUGAUAUAAAUACCCACCGACUGUAUGUGAAGUGUGUGUAGCUCGGCUGUCUGUUACCUGUCCGUCACGUGGCCGCUCCACUUCCGCCUGCAGGUAUAUGGGCGGGGUCUACUCCACCUGGACUCUGGUCGCUGAGGAAUCUCUGAUCGAUUAAUGGCGGAAUAAUCUGACUUCCCGCUUCGUCCAGUGACUUCACAUGCCCUGUGAAGCUCGUGUCUGAACUGAACGUGUGGUGUCCGGUCAGCAGGAAUGAGUCAUCAGCCGCGGUCCAACCGGCCCAACCGGGACCGGAACGGGGACCGGGACCGGAACGGGGACCGGGACCGGAAUGGGGACCGGGACCGGAACGGGGACCACCGACAUCACCGCGACUCCCCGGACGACAGGUCGUCCUCUCGACCCCCGUACCUCCCCAGGGAAGACGACGCCCCCCCCAAGCGUGUGCGGGAGCCUCCUCGAGUCGAGCGUCACGACUCCAAGUGCACGAACAUCUGCUCCAGGAGGGGUAUCAUGCUGAUCUGCUCCGUGCUGACCAACGCCCUGGUGCUGAUCUGUGUGAUCGCGGCUCACAUGGUGUCCUCAGGAAUGUCCUCGGCCACCGCGAUGGGCGGCUUCGACAUCAACUCAAACUUCAACCUGCAGGGCACCGAGCUGGAGAAGGUCCGACAGCUGGACAUGCAGUACAGCCAGAUGAGGGCGCCGGGGCUCUACGGGGGCAUCCCCUUCUGCCUGACCUUCGGCGUGGUCUCCCUGCUGUUUGCCGUCGCCGGCAGCAAACCCCCCCACCUGAUGUCCAGGCAGCUGCUGGUCGGGGCCCUGGUGUUUCAGGCGGUGGGCGCGGUGGGGUACGUGGUGGCCGUCGGCCUCUACCUGCACUUCAUCAUCGGGGUGAACUCCACGGACGUGUGCCAGCAGCGGGAGCGGCUGUACGCACGUAACGGCUACACCUGGAUGAGCUGCGACGUGAGCGGGGGGGACGCGGCCGUGGCGCUGUUCGGCCUCAUCACCGCCAUCCUGUACACGGCCGGCACGGUGCUCACCGUCCAGACCGUCCGGGGGGUGAGGCGCUACCUGCAGGAGCGGAAGAGGCGAGAGGCGGACAGAGCCAGGGGCCCGCUGAGGGCCGACACCACCUCCGUGUGAGGGGGGGGGGUCUGCAGCCUGUAAAGAAGAACAAACUCCCGACCAAUCAGCUCACUGGAAAGAUUAAUUCUCAUUUCUACAGAUUCUCAUCAGGGACAAAAGUGUUUAUAAUAAUAUUUGUGUAAGUUUUACUCCCAGGUCACAGUGGGUUGUUGUUUCUGUUUCCUCGCUCGUUUCUGCCACAGACUGUAAACAAAGAUGGAUGACGCGUCUCCACUUCCUCCCGCUGCCCAGAAAUGGAGCCAAAGCAUCACAGAUACAAACGCCGCCAUCUUGUGCCGAUCGGGGGACAAUCGGCACAGAUGCGUUUGUCAGUCCCAGCUGUCAAUCAUGACAUUUCAUGGGUUUCAAAUAUUAUUUAACGGAAGUCAAGCUGUUGUUUCUGCACUUUAUAUUACAACUACAAAGAAAAUUUGGUGAGGUUCCUCCAGCUCCACAGGACCCUCUUCUUUCCGGAAGUUUAUUACAACUCUUCAGGAGUAAGUUUUCAUCUGUGCAAAGGUUGAAAUCCUGAGCGCGUGGCUUCUUGUUGCUCCCGGCUAAUGUGGCUGGAGAAUAUUCACCUUUGGAGAAACGGCAGCAGCUCUCAACUCUCGCGUUUCUCUGAGGUCAGGAAACGAACAAGGAGCUGAGAAGAAUCAAAUGCCAGUGUGAACUUCAGGGUCCAGUAUAACAUUCUAGUUAUGUCCUAGAUGAAGACGUGUCCUCUGGGAUCAAAAGGGACGGACACACUAAUGAACGAGGAUUAUUAGCUGCCUAUCAUGUUCUUAAUGUUUUUUAUCUUUGUCAGAAGUUUGUCUUAUCGCUGUUUGUUUUUAUAAAGUUUUAAUCCACUCCAAUUAAACCUCAACUAAUGUGACUCGA